GAUGUUGCUUUGUUGGACAGAUUGAUUAAAGAUGAUGUUGAGUCUGGAAAACUGCCUUUGUUGCUUGUGGCCAAUGCUGGGACACCAGGUGCUGGGCACACAGAUAAACUUGGCCGACUGAAGGAACUUUGUGAGCAGUAUAGUAUGUGGCUCCAUGUAGAAGGUGUGAAUUUGGCAACUUUGGCUUUGGGUUAUGUCUCCUCUUCUGUACUGGCUGCUACAAAAUGUGACAGCAUGACUCUUACUCUGGGUUCCUGGCUGGGUCUCCCGGCUGUACCUGCAGUGACACUCUACAGGCAUGAGGAUCCAUCUUUGUCCUUAGCGGCUGGGCUGACAUCAAGUCAGCCUGUAGAGAAGCUCCGUGCCCUGCCAUUGUGGCUCUCCUUGCAGUACCUGGGCCACGAUGGGAUUGUGGAGAGGAUAAAGCAUGCCUCGCAACUAAGUCAAAGGUUGCUGGAAAACUUGAAAAACCUGGAUUUCAUUAAAACUUCGGUUGAAGAUGAACUGAGUUCACCAGUGGUGGUUUUCAAGUUCUUCCGGGAAUAUUCAAAUAGAGAUCAAACCUUGCAUGCUGCACAGGCCUCAGCUAUUCAGCACCCCAUAAUAAGCAACGAAAGACACAUUUAUGACACUUUGAAUCAGUGGCUAGGAGAGCAGUUGGCACAGCUGGUUCCUGCCAGUGGAGUUGAUGUGGUAGAACUGGAAGAUGAAGGCACAUGUGUGCGUUUUAGCCCACUAAUGACUUCUGCAGGUAACAGUCACUUAAUUCAGCCACUUGCAAAAACUGGGAUUUGCUAUAGAAUUGUAGAACAAUCUGCGGGUGUAGAAGCAGAUAUACUCAAGAAACGCUUAAGUAUAUUCUCCUAUGGAACUGAAAUACAAGAUGUUGAUCAGUUAGUAGACUGCUUAAAAAUGAAGAUACCAGUAUUGACAAGUACAUUGCAACUGAGAGAAGAAUUUGAGCAAGAAGUGAGAAGAACAGUUGGCCUGUUGUAUAUUGAAGAUCUCAGCUGGCCAGGAUUAGGUGUUGUAAG